AUGCUAGCCGUGGCUUUGGUGGUCGUCUGCCAAUUGGUAGUUACGUCCACCGUCGACCACCAUUACGUAUUCAUAGGUCCAUACUAUAAUAUAUCAAACAUUAUUGAAAACAUCAACCAAAACUCAGAUUUUUCGGACACCUUAGAAUAUUACUCAGUGAAUGAGUACUAUAGAAUAAAAAGAGAAGCGCAUUCUCUCAUUGGUCCUUUUGAUUUAACCAAGCUAUUUAAAAGGAAGCAAAAAGCAAAAGAAAUGUUGCAUCCGAGUGCUUCAUCGUUGCAUUCAAGUGAAGUGCUUUCUGAAAGGCAGUUAGCGUUUGCUUUUACAGAUACAAUAAAACCCAAUAGUAUGUCUGUACUUAAUAGUAAAGCAGAUCCUAUUUCCCCUUCAACUGAACCAAGCAGUGAAAUAAAUACUUUGAAUAAGGAAAAAGUAACAGAUGAUAAAAUUAAAGGGACAACAGCGUUAUCUGUAAUCACUCCAAAACCAUAUACAGAAAACCGUAAAGUUAAUAAUGUUGGAAAAAGGAAAACGAAAUCCUCUACUGAAGCACCAGUUAAAAAGGUAAAAUCGAAGAAGAAAGUAUCGCGGAAGUCGAAAAGUGUGGAAAACAAAAACGAUCCUCAAAAUAGAUUAAUAGUGAAAAAGAAAACAGAAAAUGAAACAGUAUGGCCGAUGAAAUAUGCUGCAAUUGUUGAAGGUGAUAUCGUUCUUGGUGGAUUAAUGAUGGUACACGGUCGAGCAACAGGCUCCGAAGGUAUGACCAGCGCGGCGCGUUGUGGUCCUCUAAUGGCUCAGGGAGGUGUGCAGGCAUUGGAAACUAUGCUUUUUGCGCUGGAUGAAGCUGUGCGAGCUGGGCUACCACCACCUGGUGUCAGGCUUGGAGCUCUAGUGCUGGAUGACUGUGAUAGUGAUACCAGGGGGCUGGAAAUGGCACUAGACUUUAUUAAAGGAUCGAUCAGCAAUAUUGACGACGAAGAAUACGCCUGCAACGCAUCAGCUGUCAGGAAAGUGAUAUCAGGUGUGGUUGGAGCAGCUUCCAGUGUGACGUCAGUCCAAGUUGCUAAUCUACUGCGAUUAUUUAAGAUACCACAGGUUUCUUUUUUCUCAACGUCACCGGAGCUUUCCAACAAAGCCCGAUUUGAGUACUUCACACGAACAAUACCAUCAGAUCUUCAUCAAGUCAAGGCGAUGGUGGAAAUCGUGAAAAUUCUUGGCUGGAGAUACGUAUCUAUAAUUUAUGAAGAGUCCAACUACGGUAUUAAGGCAUUUGAAGAAUUGGAGACUUUGCUUGCUAGAAAUGACAUCUGCAUUGCGGUAAAAGAAAGACUAGCUAAAGAUUCUGGUGCAGCUGAUGAGAAGGGAUACGAUGAUAUUGUAGAACGACUUUUAUCAAGACCGCGUGCUAGAGGCGUAAUAGUAUUUGGAUCGGACCAAGAAGUAGCUGGGGUAAUGGCAGCAGUUCAGCGUAAGAAAGCAGAAAACAUCUUCGGCUGGGUGGGAUCCGAUGGAUGGAGUGCCAGGGCACUAGUUGCCGCUGGCAACGAACCUGUUGUGGAGGGAACCAUUAGUGUCCAACCCCAGGCCAACCCUGUGAUAGGAUUUAAGGAGUACUUUCUCAGCCUUACACCGGAGAACAACGCAAGGAAUCCGUGGUUUGUCGAGUUCUGGGAGGAACAGUUUCGUUGCCGCUACCCUGGAGCACCAAGAACACCAUACAAUACAAACUAUAAACCUUGUACUGGACGGGAGAAACUGUCAACGGAAAAUACCGAAUUUGAGGCCCAAUUGCAGUUCGUUGCUGAUGCAGUAUGGGCAUUUGUGUUUGCUAUUAGGGAUAUGCAUAAAGACCUUUGUGGAGGCCGACCAGGGCUAUGUGAAGCGAUGCGGCCUGUCAACGGACCUACACUACUACGAUAUUUGCGACAAGUGCAAUUUACAGGUCUAAGCGGCGAUGAGUUCCACUUUGAUCAAUAUGGUGAUGGACCGGCUCGGUAUAACAUCUUGCACUUCAAGCAAGUCUCUCCUAGAGUGUAUCGAUGGCUCAAAGUUGGCAAUUAUCUCGAUGGAGAAUUGGAAUUGAUUAUGGACGAGAUCCAAUUUAAAUGGGAUGAACGAAAACCACCCGAGUCAGUAUGCAGUGCGGAAUGUGAGCUUGGCCAGGCUAAGCAGUACGUGGAGGGAGAAAGCUGCUGCUGGCAUUGCUUCAACUGUACGCAAUAUGAGAUCAGAUCGCCAUAUUCGGAGACAGCAUGUGUGGAGUGUCCCCGUGGAACACUACCGGAUCUUAUGAGAACCCGCUGCGCCCAAAUACCAGAACUGUAUCUACAGGCUUCAUCACCUGCAGCUAUCGGAGCUAUGGCAUUCUCUGCUUUCGGGAUUUUAUUGACCAUUUUAAUAGUAAUAUUGUGGGUUCUCCGAAGUAGUACCCCAGUGGUUCGUGCGAGUGGCAGAGAGCUGUCAUUUGUGCUACUCACCGGAAUACUCAUGUGCUACUUGGUUACAUUUGCGUUAGUUCUACGCCCAACUGACUUCUUGUGUUCUUUGCAAAGGUUUAGUACAGGGUUCUGUUUCACCGUGGUGUAUGCAGCUCUUCUCACUAAAACCAAUAGGAUUGCCCGUAUAUUUGCAGCAAGCAAACAUUCAGCACGCAGGCCUUGCCUUAUCUCACCCAAGUCGCAGCUCUUGAUAUGUUCUAUCUUAGUAUCGAUUCAGGUCGUAAUAGUUGUCGUAUGGCAACUAGCUUCACCAGCCAGGGCAAUCCACCACUACCCCACCAGGGAAGACAAUAUGCUUGUCUGUGACUCUUACGUGGAUGCGUCAUACACAAUAGCGUUUUUCUACCCUGUGGUAUUGAUAGUUGUAUGUACUGUGUACGCUGUUCUAACCAGGAAGAUACCCGAAGCCUUCAAUGAAAGUAAAUAUAUUGGCUUUACUAUGUAUACCACCUGUGUGAUUUGGCUAGCCUUUGUACCUCUGUACUUUGGUACAGCAAGUCACGUGCCUCUACGAGUCACCAGUAUGGCCGUAACCAUAUCACUAAGCGCCAGCGUUACCCUAGCAUGCUUAUUUGCGCCUAAGAUGUACAUAAUCCUAAUACACCCGGAGCGCAACGUGCGAGCGAACAUGAUGACAUCAAAAUGGCGCGGCAGUCAUGGUCGAGGUGCCGCUCCAGGAGCCGUGUGUGCUGCUUUGGUAGGUGCUGCGCCUCUGCCACGACCUGCGACUACCCCCUCCACUGACUUCUCUACUAUUGAUGCGGAACGAUCAACAUCUACAGACAGGCAAGUGCAAACAGACGAUUUGAAUCCGAGUCCAAACAACCAAGAGCGAAAUGGCCUAUGUUUGGACGCGAACAAACUCGCAGAAAUCGCUGGUGGGUUACCAGCCUU